AUGGAUUUUCUGGUGGAGCAAAAUAAGGAAUAUCAGACGAAGAUAAAUGAGCUUGAAGUGCAAUCUAAGAAAAAUAGAGAUUAUAUUAACAUCCUGGAAAGCAAACUCGAAGAUAUUCUUAUAGCGAGUCGUAAAACAAACUUUGAAAUAAAAAAUGUUCCAAAGAUGAACCCUGAGACUAAACAGGACCUCAUAGAAAAUGUCACAAACUUGUUCAAGACUGUGGACUGCUCAUUACGAAAUUGUGACAUUAAGGACAUUUAUCGAGUGAGAGGAAAUCAUCCUGAAAAGAAGAAUACUCCAAUUAUUGUGGAGACUAACUCUGCUAUUUUAAAAGCGGAAUUCCUAAAGAAGGUAAAAUUUUUUAACAUGAAACAUCAAAAUAAAUUAUGUGCCAAACACAUGGGCUACAAAACGCAGGAGGAUACUCCAAUAUUCGUAUCAGAACACCUCACAGCAAAAGGAACACGUCUCCAUUUCCUAGCCCGUGACCUCGCUAAGUCGAAGAGUUACAAAUUUUGUUGGACGGCUUAUGGAAAAGUAUUCGUUAGAAAAGAUGAAAAUUCUCCAAUAAUAAAUAUUAGGACUGAAGAGCAAGUCCAAGGCUUAUUCCAAGAUAAAUGA